CGUUUGGCAAAGGUUGACCAGGCGAACCUCAUUGAAAAAAUCAAAGUUUGGCGAGCUGAAAACGAGGGUGAUUUUUUCGAAUUUCGUCCCUAUGUUGACCCAGAAUCCAAGAAUGCCGCUGCGGACAGAGAAGACAGUGUUGAAGAGGGUGAACUGGAAGACGACGAUCUCGAGGAAAUGAAAGUGGACGAUGGCACUUCUCUGCCCCUCUAUUUCCUCGUUGUAAAGACGAAUGUGGGAUACAAAGUGGUAGCUUCGUUUGUAACACAGUCGGAGACCACUGAUGCUGUUAAAGAGGUUUUGUCUGUCAUUAGGAAGUGGAAUCCUGAUUGGGCUCCAAAAUACUUCAUGGCUGAUUAUGCUGAAGAAGAGAUUUCGGCAGUGGAAGAUCUUUUCCCAGAAUGUCUUGUCUACAUAUGCGACUUUCAUAGAGAGCAAGCGUGGGAGCGUUGGCUGUCAAAAAUCAGCAACGGAAUGAGCCAUUUAAAGACGAAAGCCUUAGCUGCAAUGAGAAGCAUUGCCCGUGCAAGAACAGUUGAGGCGUUCGAGGAGAAGGUGCAGCUACUUAAAGACGACGAAGAACUUUGGGGACAGUCUCUCUUUAGAAAGUGGUUUGAAAAAACCUGGCUGAGACAACACAAGGUAAGUCCAUUUGCCGUUGUACAAUACAAUUUCCCCCACCUUUUGUUAGUGUAAGUUAACCUUUAGUGACUCGAAUACAUUGUUGCAUUUAUAAGCAUUUAUCUCUUGAACAUUUUCUAGAUUCAAGACUAGUGGGAAAACGGAAUUUAUUCAAAGUAAUGUGUAUGGAGAGGUUUUCUUCCCAGCAAAGUAGACUGCCGAGUGAUGGUAGAUCUGAAAAGAACUGUCGCUUGUGACUGACGUUUCGACAACCUGGGCAGAAGUCAAGCGACUACUCACUUGACUCUGAAGAUGACAACAGUUCCUUUCUGGACCAACCAUCACGCGGACGAUCACUCUAGACGAACUACUGAUACUCCUAGGUUCAAACAGUUUCCUAUAAAAUGGACUACCUAGUAAGGCAUGCGCUAAAAUAACAAC